AUGUCCUCUGCCCUUGUGGAAAUAGACGCGCUUGAGGCGCUCGUCAUCGUCGACAAUGAUCUUGACCUCAUGUCCCCGCCUGCUCCGGGCCCUGUCAAGGUCUCUCGGCUCCUGGGUGAAAUCGCCCUGACCUCUCCCUACCACGUGCAUGAUAGGGCGGAGGUGACGAAGGAGUUUCGCCUCGAGGACGUGUGCUGUUCUGCACACGGAUUGUCUGUUCUGCUUACUGCCGUAAAGGGGGAUGAGCGUCGGACGCUGCUUUUUGAUACAGGCCCUACGGACAAGUCCUGGGGGAUGAACGCAGAACGGUUAAAACUAGAUUUGUCUUCCGUGGAACGCAUCCAGCUUUCUCAUUGGCAUCGGGAUCACUCGGGUGGCAUGCUCAAGGCCAUCCAGAUGAUCAAGGAAGCAAAGACCAAGAAAGGAUCAUCAAGCGAUGAUCUUGUUGUAGACCUGCAUCCAUCCCGGCCGGAUUAUCGAGGUAUCCGCAUGCCCAGCGAAAUCGUCUCGUUGGAAGCCGAUCCAACCUUCGAGGAAAUAGAACAGGCCGGCGCGAAAGUAGAGAAGCACAGUGAAGCUCAUACCGUUUUGGACAACAUGUUCCUUAUCUCGGGGGAAAUCCCGCGCGAGACGGAAUAUGAGACAGGGUUGAAAUUUGGAGUUCGGUUCCACAAAGACAGUGGGAAGUGGGAGAGCGAUGAGCUGAUUAAUGACGAGCGGUUUCUCGCAUGUAAUAUCAAAGGGAAAGGAAUCGUGGUAAUUAGCGGGUGUAGCCACGCUGGCAUUGUAAACGCAACAAGACACGCCGUUGACUUGGUUGGCAAAGGCAACCCGGUAUACGCCGUUUUUGGAGGUUACCAUUUGUCGAUGAGCGAAAAGGCUCACUUGGAUGCCACUGUGCAAGAUCUCAAGUUGUUAGAUCCCAAGGUGUUAUUGCCCGGCCAUUGUUCUGGGUGGAGAGUCAAAUUUGAGAUUGAAAAAGAAAUGCCAGGCCGCUUGGUGCCAUCAUCUGUUGGCCUCAGGCUGGAAUUUUAG